GGACUUUUGCGCUAGGACUUUUAUUUUAGCUGCGCCGGUCAGUCACUCCUCUUCCGGUCACUCUUAACUUACGUGGCUGUUGCUGCUUUCUUCCGGUUUGACGGAUUCACUCUACCUGUCACACGAUGGAGUUGGAAGCUAUGACGAGAUACACGAGCCCGGUGAAUCCGGCGGUGUUCCCCCAUCUGACUGUAGUGUUGCUGGCCAUCGGCAUGUUCUUCACAGCCUGGUUUUUUGUAUAUGAAGUAACGUCCACAAAAUACACACGAGACGUGUAUAAAGAGCUGCUUAUUUCUCUGGUCGCGUCGCUCUUCAUGGGUUUUGGAGUUCUUUUCCUUUUGCUUUGGGUUGGCAUUUAUGUCUGAUGUUUUGGCAAUGGAUCACGAUACGUACAGCUGAACAUUCCGGGUUUAUCAGAGCAUUACAGAGACGAGCACCAGAAUCCGGGUUGGAGUUUGAACUGGGUUAAUCUUUCACAAAUUAAAACUGUUUUUGUUAUAAAAUAAAACAUGGUUCUGUGUUUUAUAUUGUA